AUGUGGGCUUUAAAGUGUCCAUCUCGUGUUUGCUUGCGCGCGCAUGUGUCGUCGGCUGACGCCGCGCAUUCGCUUAGGACAUUUAGGUUGUGUAAACCCGAGUUGGCGCGGAUCAGGAUUAGCUUUGCGCACGACCUCGUAAUUUCUCUACUUUCAGUUAAAAAAUGGUUAGUCACUUUGGAGAAGUGAUAUUUCCAUCGUCGCGAGCAUUCUGGGAUGACGUGGACGAGUACGAGCCAAAUGACGAUACGGGACAUUGUCUGAAAUUGUACGUUCGCUGGCUGAAGACUAAACCAGAACGCCUGGGAAAGCUUAUUAUAGUGGAGGGAGAUCCGUUGAUUCCUCUCGUGCAACAAUGUUUGUGUCGCAACACGGAAGAAGUGUGCGUCGUAGAGAGUGAAAAUGGUAGCCGCGGUAGGAAGGUUGCAGUCAUUUAUAAAAUUGACAAGCAAACGUGCAUAUGCGUCAUUUUACCGCAGUUUGACACAAAGAAUGCCGCGACGUUUGUAAAACAGAUGCACGAUCUGCUAGAAAGCUCGGACGACAUAAUUUCGGUAGUGUGUCGUCACGUGUCGCAGUUUCAGAGCACGAAUGUCCCAGAGACUCCUUCGUUUUUAAGAAUACUGGCUAGCAAAAGGGCAAAUGUCGCAAGAUGCGGGAUCGAGCCGUUGGAACAACCGAAUAUUGUAUUCGGAGUCGGGGCAGGAGUCUUAUCUUAUGCCGAACUCGCCGGCAUACCGGCCAAGCUGUAUAUAUUGUACAUGGACAGUUUCGUGUUGGACUCCGAGUGUGCGGGACCAAUUUUACAAAUUUUAACCGACGAAAUGCCCUGUAAAUUACAGCAACCCAAGUUUGCGGAAAGUCCUUUCAGUAAAGGAAACCUCUACAUGUGAAACGUUUAAUUUUAUUCCAGUCAAGUAUAGACCGAAUUGUCUUUAUUUCGAAACUGUCAAAUCAAGUAUAUGUAUGGUAUAGAAAAAAACAUACGUAGAUAUAUAUAUAUAUGUACAGACGAAAUUUACAGUUGAAUUAAAUCAAGAUAUUACGAG